CUAUUUUUCAGGUCCGACAGCAAAAGGCUAUGCCCGCAUUCAAAGCAUAGCUCUGACCUCUCAUCCCCACCCUACCUCUUUUUAAUGCCCCCUGGCCUGCCCUUCUCUUACCAUUUUUAUCUCUUCUACACUACUCUCUCUACUUCCACCUCACAAGCCCUCUCUCCCUCUGCUUUCGCACUUUUGAAAACCUAUCCACCACACAAACAAAAGGUUUUUUGACUUCUCAUCGUAGGCUUUCUUCGUGUUCUUCUCUAAGCCCCACGGUCCGAAUCACCGUCCUGAUCAAGAAAUAGUAUCAGAUUCCAGUACAGUUCAAAUUCAUUGUUUCCAAUAGUCUCAGGAGAUUCUUCUUCCUUUUUUUAGGUUUUGGAACUACCAUUCUUGGCACAAAACAGUGCUGGAUUCUAUUAAUUUUUCUUGCUUUUUGACCGGUAGUUGUGCUAUAUAUGUUCCCUUUCUCUUGUGAACGGAGAAAGAGCACUCAACGGGGGGGCUUGGGCCAGUUUCAGGGGUCUUAAGAUGUUAGAGCGUGGCCGAGACUCUGACGGCGAGCUCAGUUUGGAGGCGCCGCUGAAUUCUUCUGGUUAUAGCUCGAUGAGCAGCGAUAGUUGUAGCAGCGUCAGCCGCCUCUCCUUCGAGCUAGUCGUCCCCUCGACUUCUCAUUCCUCCCCCGACAACCUCGCCGUAAAGCCUCACCGCUGCUCCGACUUCGCCUACUCCGCCAUCCGUUCCGCCACCUGUAACAGCCGGACUGGCUGCCUCACGUUACGAGAUUUCCGUAUAAUCCGCCGCAUCGGUGCUGGAGACCUCGGCACUGUCUACCUCUGCUCCCUCCGCGAUCGUGAAGCAUCCGGAGACGAGGAGCUGUGCUUGUACGCGAUGAAGGUGGUGGACAAGGAGGCGUUAGCGAAGAAGAAGAAGGUGCAGAGAGUGGAGAUGGAGAGGAAGAUUCUCAAGAUGCUGGAUCAUCCAUUCUUGCCUACACUCUACGCCGAGUUUGAGGCCUCGCAUUUCUCUUGCAUUGUGAUGGAGUUUUGCUCCGGCGGUGACUUGCAUUCCUUAAGGCACAAGCAGCCACUCAAGCGCUUCUCUCUGAACUCCGCGAGGUUUUAUGCUGCUGAGGUUCUCGUGGCAUUGGAAUACCUCCACAUGCUGGGAAUCAUCUACAGGGACCUAAAGCCCGAGAACGUUUUAGUCAGAUCGGAUGGUCACAUAAUGCUCUCCGACUUUGACCUCUCCCUUUGUUCCGACACCAUCGCUGCCGUUGAAUCCCCGUAUUCUUCCCCGGAUCGAUCUGUCCCGACAACCCCGUCCUACAGCCGCGCCGUAAACACGCCCUUGAUCUCUUGCUUCCCCAAGCAGCUUUUCCUGUCACGCAAGGUCCAAACACUGACCAGCACCCGGCUCUUUGUGGCGGAGCCAGUCAACGCCCGGUCGUGCUCCUUCGUCGGUACCCACGAGUACGUAGCACCGGAGGUCGCCUCCGGUGGGUCCCACGGGAACGCCGUCGACUGGUGGGCUUUCGGCGUCUUCAUCUACGAGAUGAUCUACGGUCGUACGCCCUUCGCGGCUUCAUCGAAUGAGACCACUCUUCGCAGUAUCGUAAAAAAGCCGCUUUCUUUUCCAAACCCCACGCCGUCCGGCGCGCUUGAGUUCCAGGCACGGGACCUCAUAUCGGGGUUGUUGAACAAAGACCCAGUUCAUCGACUCGGGUCGAAGCGCGGAGCCGCCGACUUAAAAAAGCAUCCUUUCUUCGGGAACCUGAACUUCGCUCUCAUACGAUCGCUCGCACCACCGGGAGUCCCCGGGCCGACGAUCAGAAGGCCCAGAAUGAAACCUUUGGGUGACGGGAAUAGGGAUGCAACACAAUCCACGGCGUUCGAGUACUUCUGAGAACAACGGGGGAUUCGAGCCAAACAUGUUUACUAGGUUCGGAAGUUGUGCCAGAUUUUGUCACUGGCCGGUGACAGCACGUGUAUAUUCGAGCUGAUCCUUCUCAUUGACGCAUGGCUACGCGAGCUUUUAUAUAUAUAUAUAUAUAUAUAUUUACGUGUUAAGUACUUGUUAAUAAUAAAUAAUUAACUUAUUAAGAA